AUGGCACAAAGAAUGCCAAGGCCAGAGGUGCUAAGAUCAGAACCGGGAACGUUUCAGCCCAUCAAGGCUCCCGAGUCUGUAUCCACUAUAAUUACAGCAGAAUCAAUCUUUUAUAAGGGUGUAUACUAUCAAAUUGGAGAUGUGGUUUCAGUGGUCGAUGAGCAGGAUGGAAAAACAUACUACGCUCAGAUCCGUGGGUUUAUUCAGGACCAAUACUGUGAAAAGAGUGCUGCACUAACCUGGCUCAUUCCUACGCAAGCCAGCCCCAAAGAUUGUUUUGACCCAGCAUCCUAUAUCAUAGGACCAGAAGAAGAUCUUCCAAGGAAAAUGGAAUAUUUAGAAUUUGUUUGCCAUGCGCCUUCAGAAUACUUCAAAUCUCGAUCAUCUCCCUUCCCUACUGUUCCUACAAGACCAGAGAAGGGCUAUAUAUGGACUCAUGUGGGACCUACUCCUGCAAUCUCCAUUAAAGAAACUGUUACCAAUAAUUUAUAAUUUUUUAAAGGAAUACUUUGGACGAGUUAUUUUGGGUGUAUUCUCAGGUCUGUGAACCCCAUACAAGACAUUUAAAAAAAUUAUAAAACGUUCAUUUUACUUUGUGGAUUAUGGUAUUUAUUUAUUUUAAAUUAUAUCAGAUCUUUAAAGUGGAAGUUUUCUUUCCGUUUGACGCGUCAUUUCUGUGCUCUGUUCUUCAGACAUUAUUGCUCAUUUUGGGACAAAACCACAAGUUUCACAUCGUCUUCGA